AUGGAAGCUUCAUGCAUUUUCUCCCGUUCCUUCUCCACCUCUCCUCUCACCAAUGGAAGCUUCCACAAACUACCUCCACUUACUCUUAGACUAGCACCACUCCCAUGGAACCUCCCUGAAGCUUCCGCUUUCCCUUUCCGCCGCUCCUCAUCCGCCAUCGCCGCCGCCGCCACCGCCACCACCACUUGCAGUGCUACCAAUGCUAAUCCCAAGCCACAGCGAAGCCGCCACCGUCGCGGUAAUUACAAGAGAUCGCCUGAUGCCGACGCACCGCCGUCCUCUCUGGCUCCCCCCGUCGUCCCCACUUCUGACUCCUCUCCAAGGAAGUCGGUGACGGCGACAGCAACUGAGGGUAAGUCGCCGCCUCAGUCGCGCAAGGUGGAAUCAUCCUCGUCAUGUACGCCUGGGAUCGUUAGCGUCCGCGGUCUGCAUCAGAACGGGGAUCCACUUGGACGCAGAGAUUUAGGAAAGUGCGUUGUGAAGUGGAUAUGCCAAGGCAUGAGAGCCAUGGCUUCGGAUUUCACGGAGGCAGAGAUAAAAGGAGAGUUUUCCGACAUCCGACAACGUAUGGGCCCGGGCUUGACGUUCGUGAUUCAAGCCCAGCCUUACCUCAACGCCGUACCCAUGCCUCCCGGACUUGAAGCCAUAUGCCUCAAGGUUUGUACUCACUAUCCAACUCUCUUUGAUCAUUUCCAGAGGGAGCUCCGUGAUUUGCUUCAGGAUCUCCAGCGCAAAGCCUUGAUUCAGGAUUGGCGUCACACUGAGUCAUGGCAGCUCCUAAAAGAACUAGCUAAUUCAGCUCAGCAUAGAGCUAUAGCAAGGAAGAAUCUGCAGCCGAAGGUUGUACCAGGGUUGUUGGGGUUGGAUGUGGAUAGGGUUAAAGCUAUUCAGAACCGAAUUGAUGAUUUCACUAGGCGGAUGGCGGAUCUACUUUUGAUCGAAAGGGACGCAGAGUUGGAGUUCACUCAAGAGGAGCUUAAUGCUGUUCCCACUCCUGAUGAGAGUAGUUCUGAUUCGAUAAAGCCAAUCGAGUUUCUGGUCAGUCAUGCUCAAGCUGAGCAAGAACUCUGUGAUACUAUCUGUAAUUUGAAUGCUGUUAGCACUUCCACAGGAUUGGGUGGAAUGCAUUUGGUAUUGUUCAAAGUGGAGGGAAACCACAGAUUGCCUCCCACUACCCUGUCUCCUGGAGACAUGGUUUGUGUGCGAACAUGUGACAGUAGGGGUGCCGGUGCAACUUCAUGCAUGCAAGGUUUUGUGCAUAACCUUGGGGAAGAUGGUUGUAGCAUUAGCGUGGCUUUGGAAUCCCGCUAUGGUGAUCCCACUUUCUCCAAGCUCUUUGGGAAGAAUAUACGCAUUGACCGCAUUCAUGGUCUAGCUGAUGCAGUGACAUAUGAGCGUAAUUGUGAAGCUCUGAUGAUGCUCCAGAAGAAAGGGCUGCAGAAAAGAAAUCCAUCAAUAGCUGUUGUGACUACAAUAUUUGGAGACAGGGAGGAUAUUAAACUACUAGAAGAGAAUCACCUUGUGGACUGGGCUGAAGUAGAACUGAAAGGGUUGAUAGAUGAUAGUAAAUCAUAUGAUCUCUCCCAAAGAAGAGCAAUUGCAUUAGGUCUAAACAAGAAGCGUCCUGUACUUAUUAUGCAAGGUCCUCCGGGAACAGGGAAGACAGGAUUAUUGAAAGAACUGAUCUCACUAGCUGUUAAACAAGGUGAAAGGGUGCUUGUCACAGCACCUACAAAUUCAGCUGUUGAUAACAUUGUUGAAAAAUUGGCUGAUACUGAGAUUAAUAUUGUUCGUGUGGGCAAUCCAGCACGAAUCUCUCACUCAGUAGCUUCAAAAUCUUUGGUUGAGAUUGUUAAGGGUAAACUUGAAGAUUUCCAAAUGGAGAUUGAGAGAAAAAAGUCAGAUUUAAGGAAGGACUUGAAACAUUGUCUUAAGGAUGAUUCAUUAGCAGCUGGCAUACGACAGCUUCUGAAGCAGCUGGGGAAAACAAUGAAAAAGAAGGAAAAAGAAACUGUCAGAGAGGUAUUAUCAAGCGCUCAAGUGGUCCUCGCUACAAACACAGGGGCAGCUGAUCCAUUAAUUAGAAGGUUGGACACCUUUGAUUUGGUUGUUAUUGAUGAAGCAGGUCAGGCCAUUGAACCUUCCUGCUGGAUACCAAUUUUACUCGGGAAACGCUGCAUUCUCUCUGGGGAUCAGAACCAACUUGCUCCUGUUAUCUUGUCUAGAAAAGCUGCAGAAGGGAAUCUUGGGGUAUCUCUCCUGGAGCGAGCCUCAGUAAUGCACAAUGGGGUUAUGGCUACAAGGUUGACAGUGCAAUACAGAAUGAAUCAUGCAAUUGCUAGCUGGGCUUCAAAGGAGAUGUAUGGUGGACUUCUGACAUCAUCUCCAAGCGUCAGCAGUCAUCUUCUUGUGGAUUCACCAUUUGUCCAGCCUACAUGGAUAACACAAUGCCCUCUGCUUUUGCUGGACACGAGGAUGCCAUAUGGGAGUUUAUCUAUUGGUUGUGAAGAGCACUUGGACCCUGCUGGCACAGGCUCUUUCUUCAACGAAGGAGAAGCAGAAAUCGUCAUUGGACAUGUAAUUUCUUUGAUCAAUUCUGGUGUAAAACCAACUGCUAUUGCUGUUCAGUCCCCAUAUGUUGCCCAAGUUCAGCUAUUGAGGGACAGGCUAUUUGAGUUUCCUGAGGCCGAGGGCGUCGAAGUUGCAACAACUGAUAGUUUCCAAGGCCGGGAAGCAGAUGCUGUGAUUAUAUCGAUGGUGCGAUCAAACAAUAUUGGGGCUGUUGGUUUUUUAGGGGAUAGCCGCCGCAUGAAUGUUGCAAUUACACGAGCACGAAAACAUGUUACCGUCGUCUGUGAUAGCUCGACAAUAUGCCAUAACCCAUUCUUGGCCCGAUUGCUGCGUCACAUCAGAUAUUUUGGUCGAGUGAAGCACGCCGAGCCAGGGAGUAGUUUUGGGGGUUCUGGCGUUGCCAUGAAUCCCAUAUUGCCUUCAUUCAACUAG